AUAGGGGCGGGGACAGCCCCGGGCCCCGCGGGCCGUCCGUUCGGCUCUGGGGUGUGUUACCCAAAGAAUGAUAAAGUUGGUUUUAUUUCAAGAAGUCGAUCGAAAAGAAAGCCUCAGCGCUCUAGAGUUCAGCUGACGGGAAAGGGGGUGCGGAGCCUCGAGUUUGAGAGCUAUCCGGAGCCCCAAAACAGGGGUGGGCGCCAGCUCCCUGCACGCCCUGAUCUUCCAUCGUAGGCCGGACCAUGGGAACCCCAAAGCCACGGAUCCUGCCCUGGCUGGUGUCGCAGCUGGACCUGGGGCAACUGGAGGGCGUGGCCUGGGUGAACGAGAGCCGCACGCGCUUCCGCAUCCCUUGGAAGCACGGCCUACGGCAGGAUGCACAGGAGGAGGAUUUCAGAAUCUUCCAGGCCUGGGCCGAGGCCACUGGUGCGUACGUUCCCGGGAGGGAUAAGCCAGACCUGCCAACCUGGAAGAGGAAUUUCCGUUCUGCCCUCAACCGCAAAGAUGGGUUGUGUUUAGCAGAGGACCGGAGCAAGGACCCUCACGACCCACAUAAGAUCUACGAGUUUGUGAACUCAGGUCUGCCAGAUCGGGGUUCAUGUGGGAGGCUGGGGUCCCAAGGGUUCCUGGCACCGCUACUCCCCUCACCACCUUUCUCAACAGGAGUUGGGGACUUUUCCCAGCCAGACUCCUCUCCGGACACCAAUGGCGGAGGCAGUACUUCUGAUACCCAGGAAAACAUUCUGGAUGAGUUACUGGGUAACAUGGUGUUGGCCCCACUGCCAGAUCCAGGACCCCCAAGCCUGGCUGUAGCCCCUCAGCCCCUGCGGAGCCCCAGCUUGGACAGUCCCACUCCCUUCCCAAACCUGGAGCCCUCUGAGAACCCACUGAAGCGGCUGUUGGUGCCGGGGGAAGAGUGGGAGUUCGAGGUGACAGCCUUCUACCGGGGCCGCCAAGUCUUCCAGCAGACCAUCUCCUGCCCGGAGGGCCUGCGGCUGGUGGGGUCCGAAGUGGGAAACAGGACGCUGCCUGGAUGGCCAAUCACACUGCCAGACCCUGGCAUGUCCCUGACAGACAGGGGAGUGAUGAGCUACGUGAGGCACGUGCUGAGCUCCCUGGGUGGGGGACUGGCUCUGCGGCGGGCCGGGCAGCGGCUCUGGGCCCAGCGGCUGGGGCACUGCCACACAUACUGGGCAGUGAGCGAGGAGCUGCUCAACAGCGGGCAUGGGCCUGAUGGCGAGGUCCCCAAGGACAAGGAAGGAGGCGUGUUCGACCUGGGGCCCUUCAUUGUAGAUCUGAUCACCUUCACGGAAGGAAGCGGACGCUCACCACGCUAUGCCCUCUGGUUCUGUGUGGGGGAGUCAUGGCCCCAGGACCAGCCAUGGACCAAGAGGCUCGUGAUGGUCAAGGUUGUGCCCACGUGCCUCAGGGCCUUGGUAGAAAUCGCCCGGGUAGGGGGUGCCUCCUCCCUGGAGAACACUGUGGACCUGCACAUUUCCAACAGCCACCCACUCUCCCUCACCUCUGACCAGUACAAGGCCUACCUGCAGGACCUGGUGGAGGAUAUGGAUUUCCAGGGCCCUGGGGAGACCUGAGCCCUCGCUCCUCAUGGUGUGGCCUCUAACCUCCCCACCCCCCACCACCUCAACCAAUAAACUGGUUCCUGCUAUGAUCA